CCCAAUCUGCCCAGUGUGUGUGUUAGACAGUGUGUUGGAGUGUGUUUGUGUGCCUAGCCUAUACGAGUAGUGAGUAGUAGUACGAGUGUGUGUUCACUUUUUUUCAAGCGCGAUUUUUUCUUUCUCAAACAAAAAGCACUCCUGCACGCGCGCGCACGGGGCAAGGCACUCUUUCUGCCUGUCUGUCUGCAUGCAUGUCUCUGCAUGCUAAAGUGGACGACGUAUUUUAGACGUUUAGAGCUUUUGUUGUCGGAGUUUUUGGCUCUUCCGUUACUUUUUACGCACCAUCUUUUCACUCCGCGUCCAGCGUCCACCCGUCUUUCUCCGCCGCGUCACGAUGCGCUCUGGUGAAGAAGACAAAGAGAAGACAGCAGAAGCAGCAGCAGCAGCUGAGAUGUUUUGAGAGAAGAGAAAGUUUCAGUGUAUUCCUCUUCGAGACCAGAGAAGGAGGAGGAGGAGGAGGAGGAGGGGGCAGAAGAAGAAAAAAAGGAGAGAGCAGGAACCAGAAGGGAAUGAAUCUGUGCGUAAAGGAGAAAAAAGUGCGCGUAAUCUGGAGGAAUUAGGAAAUACGAGGUUCCAUAAGACUUCCAUCGUCCAAGAUCAGCAGCAGCAGCAGCCUGGACUUUUCAGGGGAAGGAGGAACCUCGCGGUUCUCACACUCUCUCCUUCUUCAGCUCUUCCUAUCUAUCUUUUAAUUUAAUUUUUGAAUUGUCCUCUUUGGAGAAGAGCACCAGAACAACCAUCAAGCUGGCUCACUCUCUUCUCAGCCAAGCCGUCCCGCCAGCCGCGCUUCACCCUCUUUGGAGGACUGUAAACAGCAAGAGGAUGGCAUCAGAGCUGGCGAUGAGCAGCAGCUCCGACCUGCCCACCAGUCCCCUGGCCAUGGAAUAUGUUAAUGACUUCGAUCUGAUGAAGUUUGAGGUGAAGAAAGAGCCCGUGGAGCCCGAGCGCGGCAGCUUGAGCCACCAGUGCAGCCGCCUGCUCGCCGGGGGCUCCGUGUCUUCCACGCCGAUGAGCACACCGUGCAGCUCGGUGCCUCCCUCGCCGAGCUUCUCGGCGCCCAGCCCGGGCUCCGGGAGCGAGCACAAGAGCCACUUGGAGGACUUUUACUGGAUGACGGGCUACCAGCAAGCCCAGCAGCAGCAGGCGCAAGCCCAGCAGCAGCAGCAGCAAGCAGCUCAGCAGCAGCAGCAAGCAGCCCAGCAGCAGCAGCUCAACCCGGAGGCGCUGGGCUUCAGCCCCGAGGACGCGGUGGAGGCGCUGAUCAGCAGCGCGCACCAGCUCCAGCCCUUUGACAGCUAUGCCAGGGCGCAGCAGUUCGCCAGCGCGGCCGGCCCGGGAGGCGCCGUGGCCGGGGACGACAUGGGCUCAGCCGCCGCCGUGGUCUCGGCCGUGAUCGCCGCCGCUGCAGCGCAGAACGGUGCCCCUCACCACCACCACAACCAUCACCACCACCACCACCACCCGAUGCACCACCACGCGUCCUCCAGCAGCAGCCCCACCGCCGCCGCUGCAGCUGCAGGAGGAGGUGGAGGAGGACACCACCAACACCACCAACAACAGCAACACAGCCACCACCACCAGCAGCAGCCAGGCCAGGAGGACCAAGCCGGCUCCCUCCACGCGCACCACCACCACCAGCACCACCACCACCACCAGCACGGCUCCGACGACCGCUUCUCGGACGAGCAGCUCGUCACCAUGUCCGUGCGCGAGCUCAACCGGCAGCUCCGCGGCGUCAGCAAGGAGGAGGUGAUCCGGCUGAAGCAGAAGCGCCGCACGCUGAAGAACCGCGGCUACGCGCAGUCCUGCCGCUUCAAGCGCGUCCAGCAGCGGCACGUCCUCGAGGGCGAGAAGACGCAGCUGCUGCAGCAGGUGGACCACCUCAAGCAGGAGAUCUCGCGCCUGCUGCGCGAGCGAGACGCCUACAAGGAGAAGUACGAGAAGCUGGUGGGUGGCGGCGGCGGUGGGGCUGGAGGUGGAGGGGGCUUCAGGGAGAGCGGAGCGAGCUCCAGCAGCGACAACAACCCCUCGUCUCCAGAGUUUUUCAUGUGAGUCAGUCCUGCUGCACACCACCAAGUCUGAAAGAGAGAGAGCGAGAGAGAGCGCGAGAGAGUGAGAGAGAGUGAAAGAAAUAGAGAGAAAAAGAGAAAGAUACUUUCUUUAAAGUAGCAGAUUUUAUAUUUUAGAUUUUUUGAUUUUUGUUUUUUUCUCCUGAUCAGUACAGGCCUGGCAGUCUGUCUGUUGUUAAUAUUAUUAUUAUUAUUAAUAUUAUUAUUAUUAUUAGUGUUGUUAUAUAUUUUUCUGUUUGUGUGGAGAUGGAGAGACUCAACUUUUACAAUAUAUAUAUUCUUUUUAUUUUUUAUCUAUAUAUUUCCCUUCCCAACAAAUGCAAAAACCCACCCAAAGCCAAGCCAUCCUCGCUUAAACCCACACACAAACUUUUUUGAGUUUGAGUUUUUUUUUUUUUUAAGUCAUUUCCUUUUAAUUUUGAAACUCUUGAAAACUUGCCGACUUGCAGUGUUUUCUUCAUUUUUUUGAAUGGGAUUGCUGUUUUUAUUCCCUCUUUUUUGUUGUUCUUUGUUUUAAAAAAAGCAUGCAUCAUCCACAUGCAUCAAUGGUCAAGCAAUGCUCAUCCUUUUUUGUUUUCUUUUUGCAUCACCAUUUUUGUCCUUGCUUUAAAUUCCCAACCCAAGAAAAAAAAAAACUCCCCCAAAAUUCAGCUCCCCUUACUUUGUUUCUGUGGCACUUUUUCCUUUUCGUUUUUUGUUGGUUUGUUUUCCCUUGAAGUUCCAAAGAAUCACACUUCUAAGGACCUGCAGCUUCCCCCAUCACUUUUGAUCUUCCCGAGAUCAUGCCAAUCAUCUCCUCAAUCAUCCCGAUUGAUCAUCUCAUGAGUCCUGCUUGCUUGCUGUUUUGUUCUCUGUUUAACGAAAAGAAGAAAACGUUAAAAAAAAGACAAGAAAAUGACUGUUUACGAACAACUUUCAAAGACAAUGCUUUAAUACGAAAAUGAAAAAAAGAAAAGAAACAAAGAGCAGAGAGACAGAACGAGACAAAACGAGAGAGAGAGAGACAAUAUCGUAUUCUUAUUAUUAUCAUCGCCUGCAUGCUGGACAUGUACGGUUUUCUUGGUUUUCUUUUUCCUUAUUUUGUGUUUUUUGUUUUUUUAUUGUUUAUUUUGCUUGAGAACUGAACAGUUUGUACUCGGAUAACUCCAGCAUGGCAUUCAUCCUCUUCCUUUAUUUGCCGGCUCACUUUUUUGCCUGGAAUAUACGCGCAAAAAAGUGAAAGAGCAUCCCUCAAACCAACCUAUACCAACCAACCAACCAAUCAUCCCACCCUGCUGAAAAAAAGAAGGAGAGUUUAAAACAGGCUGAAACUGGAAGCGAUGUUUGAAGGGACACGGACUGUGCUAAAGAGGAGCUCCGUCUCCGGGACUUUUAAAAUCGCUUUAAAGUUACUUUGUUGGCUCUUUACUCUUACUUUACCACUGUGUGUAAUAAAGCAAACAACGUGUUUUAUAUGUGAAGCAUAAGAACAGUUGUGUUGUUAUCUGUGAGAUCUGAGUUUGACGGUCAGUGUAAGCUAUGCUCCAGGUUGAUAAUGAUAAUGAUAAUAACGAUGGUGUUGUUUAUGAAGAUGAAGAUAAAGAUUCUGAUGCUGAAGAUAUACAAUCUAAGAUAUGAGAUAUGACGGUGGUUUUUAAGGGUUUAGACUUUCGGGGUUCACAUCCUAUGCACUUGCCCAUACAAUUGACAAUUGAUUCCCUGAUUCCUGAUUCUAUAGUGUUAACCAAUAUGUUAGCUUAUACUGGAAGGACCCAAAGCGUGUACAUGUCUGUGUGUAUAAGUGUGUAUAAUAUUACUACACAGCAGCAGGAGUGUUUGUUAGGAUGCGGACUGGAUGCCAGCUUUUUUUUUUUUAGCAGCAUGUGCUUGCCAUGAACACAGCAGCAGUUUGACAGAUGUAGCCCCCCCUCCUCUCUUCUUCCAGCCUACCACUGACUGUAUUAAAAAAAUACCAAAGUAUUAAAAGCAAAAGAAGAACUGGGAAACGCUUGGGAGCGUUUUUUUUUUGUUGCAAAAUACAGAUCUUAAACUUAAACUUAUUUGGACUGAGUUGCACUAAAAUGUAGCCUGUAGCUAAUCACACAGUAUAUAUAUAAAUAUAUAUAUAUAUAGAUAUAUAUAUAUAAAUAGAUUUAUAUAUGUAUCACACGGUGGAUUCUUAUCUUAGAACGCUAAUUUAAGAUUGAGACAUAUCUCAUGGCAUUGCUGGAGAAUUUAUGAAUGCAAUCGUAUUAUUAUUAUUAUUAUUACGUUACAUUGUCAAAGCAGGACUAGUUCCUUUCUUUUCUUUUUUUUGUUGUGGAAAGACGGAUUCAUUAUUUACGAGGCAAUAAUAUAAUAAUCAAUAAUGUCUGGACAUUGUUUUAUAGUCAGGGAUUGAAACCCUGCUUGUAUAAAAAUGAAAAAAAUGGGGAUAUACCAUUCAUCAAUAAUUUUUUUUAAGUAUGUUAAUUAAAAAAAUUUCGCAUAUAUAUAUAAAAAUAUAUAUAUUUUGCUGUGCAAAAUUAUUUCACUCACUAACCAUAUGUGAUGUUCAUAUGUGCUUAUCUUCAUUUCAUACGAUUAUAUGAUAUGCAAUAAAAAUGCAAAUUGGGCUUCAUAAA